AUGGCGUUCUCCAAGGUCGCGCUGCUCGCAGCGUUGCCGUUCGCAUUUGGACAAUCCUCGAGUGUUGUGCCCGACCCAGCCUAUUCCACGCCUCGAGGUACGCCUUUCCCGGACACCACCUACCCCAAUGCCACUGUCCCAUAUGCCGUGGCCGGAGCGCAGAGCAACCAGACCUCUCCUCCCGAGUAUCCCAGCCCAUGGGGUGAAGGACUUGGUGACUGGGCAGAUGCGUAUGCUCAAGCGAAGGCAUUCGUCUCCCAGCUUACCCUGACGGAGAAGGUCAACCUUACGACUGGUGUUGGGUGGGAAGGCGAGAAGUGUGUUGGCAACACUGGCUCCAUCCCGCGUUUGGCAUUCAAGGCGAUGUGUUUGGAAGAUUCUCCGCUUGGUGUUCGCUUCAAGGACUUCGCGUCCGCUUUUCCAGCUGGUGUGACUGUUGCUGCCACAUGGGAUCGUUCGCUCUUCUACACACGAGGCUAUGACAUGGGUGCAGAGCACCGUGAAAGCGGCGUUGACAUCCAACUUGGACCAGUCGUGGGCCCAAUUGGACGUGCUCCAGAGGGCGGCCGCAACUGGGAGGGUUUCUCACCUGACCCAUAUCUCUCCGGUAUCGCCGUUGGUGAGACUGUGAAGGGUAUGCAGGAUGCUGGUAUCAUGGCUUGCACCAAGCACUACAUCCUGAACGAGCAGGAGCACUUCCGUCAGCCAUCUGACAUCCCGGCAUCGAGCAGCAACAUCGAUGACAGGACGAUGCACGAGCUCUACUUGUGGCCGUUCGCGGAUGCUGUCCGCGCCGGCACUGCAUCGAUCAUGUGCAGCUACCAACAGAUCAACAACAGCUACGGCUGCCAGAACUCUUACACGCUAAACUACCUGCUGAAGAAUGAGCUUGGUUUCCAGGGUUUCGUCAUGAGCGAUUGGUCUGCGCAGCAUUCUGGUGUCAGCUCUGCCCUCGCUGGACUUGACCAGACGAUGCCAGGUGAUCAGGCCUUCGACAGCGGCAACGCAUUCUGGGGUGCCAACCUGACCAUUGCUGUUCUCAACGGGACCGUCCCGCAGUGGCGUCUUGACGAUAUGGCCGUCCGUAUCAUGGCCGCCUAUUACUACGUCGACAGGCCUGGCAACCAGGUCCCGGAUGCACCAAACUUCAGCGCCUGGACUCAAGACACUUUCGGCUUCUCCCACUUCUACGCUUCAGAGGAUUACACGCAGGUCAACUACCACGUCGACGUCCAGCAGGAUCACUACGUCGACAUCCGAAACAUUGCUGCGAAGGGUACCGUUCUUCUCAAGAACACCGGUGGACUACCGCUCACCGGACAAGAGAAGCUUACUACAGUCUUUGGCUCUGAUGCAGCUGAGAAUGGAUGGGGACCGAAUGGUUGUCCAGACAGAGGGUGCGACAAUGGUACUCUUGCCAUGGGAUGGGGAUCCGGAACCGCCAACUUCCCAUACCUCAUCACUCCUCUUGAGGCCAUCAAGGCUGAAGUACGCUCAAACCGUGGUGCAUUCGAGGACGUCAUUGACGACUACGCCUACACUCAAGCUAGUGCUCUUGCUCGCCGGGUCGCGCAGCCUGGUGUUGGUGGUGCUUGCAUCGUCUUCGCAAACUCGGAUGCCGGCGAGGGUUACAUUGUGUACGACUACAACGAGGGUGACAGGAACAACUUGACUUUGUGGCACAACGCAGACACAAUGAUCCAGACUGUUACUGAGCAGUGCGACAACACUAUUGUCGUAAUGCACACCGUCGGUCCGGUUGUUGUCGAUGCGUGGUACGACAACCCCAACGUCACGGCCAUCGUCUGGGCUGGUAUUCCAGGACAGGAGUCAGGCAAUGCCAUCACCGACAUUCUUUACGGAAAGGUCAACCCAGGCGGCAAGUCUCCGUUCACAUGGGGAGCUUCCCGCGGCGAAUACGGUACCGACGUACUCUAUGAGCCGAACGCUGGAUCGUCUGCUCCUCAGGAUAACUUCCAAGAGGGUGUAUUCAUCGACUACCGCGCCUUUGACCGCCUCGGCGAGACACCCAUCUUCGAGUUCGGCUUCGGACUGUCGUACACCACCUUUGAGUACUCCGGCCUUCAAGUCCAGGCCAACAGCGUCGGUCAAUACAUGCCAACGAAUGGCCAGACGCCAGCCGCGCCGACCUACGGCACUGUGAGCAACAGGACCGCCGACUACGUUUACCCGCCAGGCUUCGAUCCGGUCGAGGCAUACAUCUACCCCUUCCUCAACAACUCCAACUUGCGCUCAGCCAGCAUGGACCCGCAAUACGCCAUCAACUACACCUUCCCCGCCGACGGCUACGACAGCAGCCCGCAGCCCUACCUCGCAGCCGGCAGCAACGUCGCACCGGGCGGCAACGCGCAGCUCUACGACGUCAUGUUCACCGUCUCCGCGACCAUCACCAACACCGGCGACAUCGUCGGCGACGAAGUGCCACAGCUCUACGUCAGCCUUGGCGGCCCGGAGAACCCAAGGGUGGUGCUGCGAGGCUUCGACCGCUUGACCAUCCAGCCGGGCGCGAGCGAGACGUUUACGGCGCAGAUCACGAGGAGGGAUCUGAGUAACUGGGAUACUUAUUCACAGAACUGGGUCAUCUCCAACGCGCCCAAGUUCGUCUACGUCGGCAGCUCUUCACGCAACCUUCCGCUUUCCCAGCGCCUUAACGUCGACGCUUGCUACGGUGGUGGCGCGCCUCCUGCUGCCAGUACUGCUGCUCCCGUCUCCGGGGCGCCCUCAGGUGCUGCUCCUUCGGGCGGAGUUGUCACUCAGAUCUCAGCACCUACCGGCGUGGUGACGCAGAUCUCGGAUGCGCAGGAUGGACAGCCGCAGGCUCCUUCCGCCGCCCCGUCGAUGUCGUCGCCGGUGCAGCAGAUCUCGGACGGACAAGUUCGGGCGUCCAGUACUGCUUGA